UCAAGGGAAUCCAGACCUGAGGUGCUCCGGGUGCGUGCCCACACACACAGGUGCUCUCUCUCACACACAGGGCUGAAGUGUGGGAUCCCUGCUGUUGAUGUCAAACGUAGGACAACUGUCUUGGAUUCUGGGUUCUUCUCUGGAAGUACUCGCUGGAGGGAUUCAGCAGUUGGUGGACAACCGUGGCAGGUCUCCCUAAAAUUAGGCGAGCACCGCUUCUGUGCAGGAAGCUUGAUCCAAGAUGAUCUGGUUGUUACAGCAGCACACUGCGUGGUUGGCCUCAAUGAGAAGCAAAUUAAGAGUCUGACUGUGACUGGGGGGCACAACCUCUUUCUAGAGGGUAAACAAGAACAGAAGAUUCCUGUUUCAAAAAUGAUUAUCCAUCCUGAGUACAAUAGACUUGGAUAUAUGAGCUCUGAUAUUGCACUGCUGUAUUUAAAACACAAAGUCAAGUUUGGAACUGCUGUUCAGCCAAUCUGUCUUCCCCAUAAAGAUGACAAAUUUGAAGCAGGGCUUCUUUGCAUGACCAGUGGAUGGUGCAAGAUUUCAGAGACAUCAGAGUAUUCAGAUGUCCUACAAGAAGUGGAGCUUCCCAUCAUGGACGACACAACGUGUAAUUCUGUGCUGACGGGUAUGAAUUUUCCUCUCCUGGGGAGGACCAUGAUGUGUGCCAGUUUUCCUGAUGGGGAAAAGGAGGCCUGCCAGGGAGACUCUGGAAGUCCAUUUGUUUGUAGAAGAGGCAAUGGAAUCUGGGUCCUUGCUGGGAUAACUUCCCAGGGAGCUGGUUGGACUAGAGGUUGGCCUUUAAGAAAUAACCAUAGAAGGGCAUCACCUGGCAUUUUCUCCAAGGUGUUUGAGUUGAUGGAUUUUAUCACUCAGAACACAUUCACAGAUUGUAGAUCUGAGAGAACAGUGUUAUUUGGAGAAAAUGGGAAGGUUCGUUACCACCAUUCCAAAGAAAGCAGCUGUUCUCAUAAUUGCUUAUGUAUGUGGAAAAUAAUGGUACCAGAAGAUAAAAUUAUCCUGAUAAAAUUUGCAAGCUUAGACAUACAAAAUCAAGUUGGUUGUGACCAUGGCUAUAUAUCUUUACAAUCAAGCAAUGGCGUGCUUAUUAGUAAGGUCUGUGGAGAUAAAUUGCCUUCACCAUUGCUGACUGAGACCAGUGAGGCCACAGUUACAUUUGUUUCUGAUCCAGAAAACAGUGGCAGCAGCUUUGAGCUUACAUUUACUGCUGUUCAGAAGAACUCAGAAGCUGGUUCAGGCUGUGGGAGUGUAGCUGUAUUGGUGGAAGAAGGGAUGAUUCACUCUGCCAGUUAUCCUGACUCGUAUCCCAUGAAUGUAAAGUGUCAUUGGUUCAUUCGUGCUCCAGAGAAACAUAUUAUAAAGUUGGAAUUUGAGGACUUUAUCACUGAAUUUAGCCCGAACUGUAUUUAUGAUGCUGUUGUGAUUUAUGGUGAUCCUGAAGAGGAGCACGAGUUAGCUAAACUUUGUGGGAUCUUGAACCCUACUCCAAUAUUCAGUCCUCAUAAUAUGCUGGUGAUUCAUUUUAAAAGUGAUGGUGAAAAUAACUUCCGAGGCUUCAAGGCUAGUUUCACCUUUUUGCUCUCAGACUCUUCAAACCAAGUUGGAUCAACAUCACCUCCCCAAACCAAUCUUGUAUCUUCUGCAAAACUUAUUCCAUAUGGUAUCUGUGGCAUCCCUCCAUUUAGUCUCCAAUGGCUUUCCAGAAGAACUGUAGUGGUGGAGGAAGCCUGUCCCCACUGUUGGCCAUGGCAGGUGGGUGUGAGGUUUCAAGGCAGUCACCAGUGUGGAGGUGCCAUCCUCGACCCAACCUGGAUUCUCACUGCAGCCCAUUGUGUGCAAUCGAAAAAUAAUCCACUCUUCUGGACCAUUGUUGCUGGGGACCAUGACAGAACCCUGAAGGAAUCAACUGAGCAGGUGAGAAGGGCCAAGUACGUUGUGGUGCAUGAAGACUUUGAUAGCCGGAGCUUCGACUCUGACAUCGCCCUAAUACAACUGAGCUCUCCUCUGGCGUUCAACUCUGUCGUGAGGCCGGUGUUUCUCCCAGAAAGCACGGAGCCACUCUUUUCCUCUGAGAUCUGUGCUGUGACUGGAUGGGGAAGCAUUAGUGAAGGUGGCGGCCUCGCAAGGCGCUUGCAGCAGUUGCAGGUGCUUGUGUUAGAAAGAGAGCUCUGUGGACACGCUUACCGCUCUCACCCAGGAGGGAUCACAGAGAGGAUGAUCUGUGCUGGCUUUGCAACCUCUGGAGGGAAGGAUUCCUGUCAGGGAGACGCUGGUGGGCCAUUAGUAUGUCGACAUGAAAAAGGUCCCUUUGUCCUGUAUGGUAUUGUCAGCUGGGGAGCUGGCUGUGCCCAAACAAGGAAACCAGAUGUAUUUGCCAGGGUGAGUGUCUUCUUGGACUGGAUCCAAUCCAAAAUCAAAGGUACAGGUACUGCUUCACUUCAGAUGAAUAAUGAAAGAAAAACCUUAACAAGACAACAGUUGCCACCACCCACACCUUCAAUGGACAAUGAGUCUGGACCAGGUUGUUAUUCUGAAGUGGAGCUAGAGGAGCCCAGAGGCUUUUUUUCAACUCCAAGAUAUCCACUGGAUUAUAGAGGAAAACUGGAAUGUUCCUGGGUGCUCAGAAUUUCACCAAGCAGUAUGGCAAAAAUGAUGGUUGAAUAUCUGUCACUCCCUGGGUCUCCAAUGUGUCCAGAUUCAGUUAUGACUAUUUAUGAAGAAAGCCACAGUGAGAGAAGGGUGUCAGGUGAAUUAUGUGGAAGAGGGCUUUACCCGAUGAUUUUCAUGAGCUCUGGACCACUGGUGAGGGUGACAUUUCGUUCCCUUGUGCAAGGUGCUUUGGGCAUAAGUUACAUUGUCUUUAGAGUCCAAGGUCCAAAGGGCAGUAAAACUCCCAAACUUCUCCAAAGUUCAAACCAAGAACAUGUGGCCACUUAUGAGGAUGUUAUUCUGACUGAACCAGGAGGAAUCAUACAGAUCCCAAGAUACUCUCACAGAACCACUAUGAGUUGCCACUGGAAGUUAUUAGCCCCUUUAGAUCACAUCAUUCGCCUUGAUAUUAUCAACUUCCAGAUGAAGUCGACACCCUUGGCCUGUCAGGGUCAUAUAUGGGUUUAUGAAGGAUUUGGAUCAGGCAAAAAAUUAAUAGGAAAAUUAUGUGCAGGAAAUUCACCUUCAUUAAAAUCUCGUGGUCCUCUAAUGAUGUUGAUUUUCACAUACAAUGUCAGUUUGGCGUUGGAAGAAUUUUCUUUGAGAUAUUCUUUUCAUAUUUCUGGUAAGUCUAUUGCUUUCAUAUAUGUUUAUGAAUAUAUUUUUGCAUUGGACUUACCAAAGUUACUAAUGACAUCCCCACAUCCAGAUCCCAACAGUUCCUUCUCAGCCCCAACAGCAUUUGGCCCAGAUAAGCUCACCUUCCUUUUGGAAUCUAUUUGUCUUGGCCUGAAGGAAACCACUCUCUGGCUGUUGUCUUACCUCACUGGUCUCCUUCAGCGUCUCUUGGCUGGUUGCUCUUUGUUUUCUCUACCACUAAAGGUAGAGGUGUCCCUGGACCCAGUCUUGGACUCUCAUUUCUUCUUUACCUGUACUCACUCCUUAGUGACCUCACCCAAUUCCUAG